UCACAAAAACUUACAACCAUUCUAGUUACUUGGUAACAAUUUAUACAAAUGGCGACCCCCAUUGCAUUUUAGACCAACAACAACUUUUUUUUAAUUGGUAACAUUUAAUCAAAAUUUCAUAUAGGUGGAGCUUUUACAUUUUCUCGGUAUAAAUUAAACAAUGGCGGACGAGGAGGAUGGAAAGUUCAAGCCAAAGAACAAGAAAAAGUUACAGGAAAAGGACCUGAAAAAAAUGGCACCCCAGCUCAGGAGUAAAUACUUAGCAUAUGAAGAACCCUCAAAAGACGUCCAAGAAUCCCAAGCCAAUGCUGCAAAACGACUCGUAGAAAACAAGAAAAAGCUUCAAAUCAAAAAUGCCCCAGAAACAGACGAGGCGAUACUUGAGAGGGAAAAACAUGAAAAGCUUAUCGGACAGCUAAAAGCGGCUGAGGCUCGAAACCGAUUGCGUAUAAUGCGCCUAAGGUACCAGUCCAGUAGGGCGCAAGAGAUCAACCAUUUGAUCGCAUGUCAACCAACUGCUCUGAAGGCUGUACGCCUGCAAGCACUGGUCCCCGCCUACUCGGACACCAAGGAUAAAGGGGACACCGUAGAAAAAAUGGAUCGUGAACGAAUUGAACAGCUGUUAGAAGAUGCUCAAGGCCUGCUUACAAACCGAAUCAAUUAAAACCACAUUUCACACUCAUAUCAUUUCACAUGCAUAUCAUUUCACACUCAUAUCAUUUCACAUGCGUAUCAUUUCACAUUUCAUUCAACUUUUCACAAAUAAAGUAUCUAUUGGUUUCCUAUCUGUCUAAUUACACUGUUUAACCAGUCUAACAUUUAUUUCAUUGUCAAACAAGUUUUAAAUGUUGUCAUUAUGUUUUAAACGAAAGGCCUGUUAAUUGUAGACCCUAUGGAGCAUUAUUUGUUUGACCAUGAACACUGCUACUUACAAACCUCAUAAAUAUGAUAAAUAUUUUGAUAAAGAUAAGUGUUGUUACAAAUAUUUCCUGUCUACUGGUAUUUAUGUUUUUAAGCUUCAGGUAUUUAUAAAAUAUAUCAAUAAUUUUUGUUUUUCAUGUUCAAGUUAUUGUCAUCUGUGGUGAUCACUGAAGGGAAUGUUUGUUUUUCUGAUUCAGUGUUUAAACAUUGUGUAAUAUUGUGUUGUUGUUUUUAUGUUCCCCAGUCUAUACUAGGGGACAUAUUGUUUUUGCCCUGUCUGUUUGUUGGUUUGUUUGCGUCAAACUUUAACAUUGGCCAUAACUUUUGCGAUAUUGAAGAUAGCCAUUUGAUAUUUGGCAUGCAUGUGUAUCUCAUGGAGCUGCACAUUUUGAGUGGUGAAAGGUCAAGGUCAUCCUUCAAGGUCAAAGGUCCAAUAUAUGGGGGGAACAUAGUGUUUCACAAACACAUCUUGUUUUAACUUUGGAAACAAAUAUUUUCAGAAGUGUAAUGGUUUUGAGUAUUACCAUUUCCACUGCCAUUUUUGUUUGCAUUUAUCAUAGUUUUGUACAUGAUAUUUGCAGGGUGUAGUUUUUGAGUUCUUUUGCAUCAUUUACUAAAUGUCUUUCCUUUCUCACAUUAAUAAUCUGUGUAAAGGUUCAGACCGUUCAAUGUCAUGGUUUAAUCUACAUUAUCUACAAAAUUUCAGUACAUGUGAAUACAAAGAUGUUUUUUUUAAAUAAUUUUACAGCAUUUUAGAUUUUUUAACAUGUCAUGUUUGAUUAUCAAUAAUUAUUUUGUUUUACUUGUUCUUAUCAUGUAUUAAUAUUAAAGAAAGCUCACUUCUAUAUUGUAUAAAACAUAUAUGUUUGCUUUUUUCCUGGACACUAUUUAUUACGUCACUUUGUAUUUAAUUAUAUGUCAAAUAAAUAAAAGCAAAACUAA